UUGCACGGGCAUACAGACAGACUAUUAUCUAGUAGAUGUUUCUGUGUGUAUGUUUGAUCGAGUCCGUGCUCAAUGUAGAAAACGAGUUGUGUGAAGCCGAUUUGAGAGUAGACUGGACCAUCUAAUCCAUCGAUCGUCUACAAAGUGCACUUCUGAUUCCGGUUGGUUAGUUAAGCCACAGACCAGGUUAAGCCCAUUGAUUGAGCCCAAACAAGAAGGAAGAAGAUACAGAAGAAAACCACCCCACCCAUCAAUCAUCCACAAGCUCGCACGCCCCCUCGAGCUCCAGAUAGUGUACAUCGGUACCCAAGCCUCGUCCUCUUCAUCCUUGUUGUCCUCACAAGACAGGCCUGCAGACCUUGACAAAGUGAAAAACCAGAAGAAAAUAGGGUUGCAAUUGUUGGAUGGAUAACUGAGCAAUGUCAAUCCAUGCUCGUUCAUGGGUUGGUUCAUGUUGAUGAGCCCUGAAAAAGAAUCGUGGUCGUGGUCGUGGUCGUCGUCCUGAUCUUGAUCCGCGUCCGCAUCACCCUCGUCAGUGAACUCGAGAUCAGCCUCGUGAAUAGCCACGAUAACAACAACGACGACUACCAUCUGAUUGUGCAUACAGACAUCCUGCAAUGUUCAGUGUUUGAGUCGAAAACAACACGAGAUUGAGAGAUAAUACAUACGUACGUACAUAGCUUGUACAUAGCAGUCGGUGGCCAGCCUGGGCCAAAACAUCACCAGCUGGACAGAAAUUGUUCAGCAAUUGUCAACAUUGGCUCCUGCUCUGAGCUCUGAGUGCUCUCACUCCUCCCUAGGCCCUUCAUCAUACUUAUCAAUCAAGGGUGAUUCCAGAUGGGUAAUGCCAAUUCCAAUGAUCGACGCAAGUCCCACGAUGCGGGCACGUCUUUCACGGCCCAUGAGUUGUUUAAAUCAACACGUGCCAAUCAAGGCAAGAGCUUUGAAGACCCGCUCAAUGGACCCGUGGCUAUCACGGCGGGUCGUCGUGAUGAGUUGCAGGGGCACUCUAUCCACAAUAAAGCAUCAUCGCGUCUUAACGGGCAUCGGCCACGGGCCACCACCGAAGGUGGACGACAACGUUAUCGCCAAGCUUCUGUAGGAGAGGGUGGCAAGUACGGUGAACACAAGGGCUUCACCAACGAGGAGAUUCAAGAAGAGAUUCGCUUGGGUAACGUUGGCACGGGCAAGAAGCGCAUGCCUACCAUCAUCAAAUAUAACAACAACAAUGCCAAGGAAGUCUAUUUAUGCGGCACGUUCAAUAAUUGGAAACGCCUGCCCAUGUCACGCUCUACCAAGGACUUUACGGCCAUUGUCGAUCUGCAAGAGGGUAACUACGAGUACAAGUUUUGGGUCGAUGGCAAAUGGGUGAACGACGCCGAAGUCGAGAAAGUCGAGCAUGACGAAGGCGAGGUCAACAAUGUAAUUCGUGUGCGAAAGGAGGACUUCAAUGCUUACGAUGCCCUUGAUAUGGACAGCUACACGGUGGAUCAGAUGAGCCGGAAAAAGAAGCGUUACCCGGUUUCAGAGGAAUACGGUCAAGAACCACCUACUUUGCAAUUACUGGAGACACGCACUGGACCACCCAUUUUGCCGCCGCAUCUCCUUCAAGUCAUUUUGAACAAGGACACGCCACUCUCGUGCGAGCCCACUUUGCUACCAGAACCCAACCACGUAAUGUUGAAUCAUCUGUACGCGCUUUCCAUCAAAGACGGUGUCAUGGUUCUGAGCUCUACCCAACGAUUUAAAAAGAAGUAUGUGACCACGUUGCUCUACAAGCCCAUGGGCCCAAGAAAGACUGAUUAAAGAGGUCGCCUUGGUCAUCAGAAGCAAAAAAAAAGGCUCGCCCUGAUCGGACCGAGGCUCAAGUUUCCUCCUAUGGAUACGGUGACCAUGCCCUUACUUAGCGAAAAGAAGCAAUACCACCCCGGUAUUGCACGUGGCUAGUCGAGAUGAUACUAAACUAUAUUCAUUAGACAGUUAGUCGUGAUCAUAGCAAAUUCGCAAUUUUGAAAGCCAUAUCGUAAUCAACAACGCAUGAGCAAGUUAUAGUGAAGAGCAAACCACGGUGCCAUGAAAUAUAUAUAUAUUAAAAGUUAGAGAAGUGGACCAACAAAGUCAAAAAGACAUAAAGAGACUUUGAUUUUUCUAUUUCCCGCCUGAUCAUGUACCACUUACAAAAAUAUAGAUUACACUUUCCAGUA